AUGUCUAUCUCAAGAUCAUUCAUUCCAGAAGCCAGUAAUCGGUUCAUUCCAACAACAUCAUCCUCCCUGGUUUAUAGAAAUUGUGAAUGGACGUCCCCACAAGAAGAUUCAAAACCAAUACAACCAUCAUUCACUCCCAAUGUCAGUUUAUCGUUACGAGAAGAUGUACUUUUCAAUCGUACCGAUAAUAGCAGUAUUAUUCAAAGAGAUCAUACUUCAUCAUUUUCUUCCGAGUAUGGUAGUAUUACUUCAAGUUCCAUUUAUUCCACUAAAUCAACUCCUUCAAUUCAUGAAAACCCCUUAGAUUUACAUCAAGAAACCGUGGCCGAAGCCUUGGAUUUUCAACAAGGUUCAAAAGUUUUGAAGUUCAAACAAGACGAUUCUAAACAUAGACUGAAACAGAAACCAAAUUCAGUAUUAGAUAUUGCUGGGCCUUUGUUUUCAUUCUUGAAUUAUAAAGAAAUUAUGAAAAUCUUGAUUAAUGAUACAAACAAGUCCGGUAUCAAGAAGCACUCCAAACCAGGCAAGACAAUCAUUGCGUCAGAUAUCUUACAAGCACCUGGUUUAAGAAACGAUUAUUAUUCAAAUCUUGUUAGUUGGUCAUUCAAGACUAAUAGAGUUGCGGUUGGACUUGGUUCAAAAGUAUACCUAUGGGGAGUCGAUAAUCAUGUUAUUCAAGUCAAUUAUGAAAAUGAAGAACUAGUGACAGCAAUUUCCUGUUCUAAAGAUGAUUGGAUACUCAUAGCCACUGCCGGUGGAAGAAUACUUUUGAUUGAUCAAGCAGAGAAUACAGUCGUUGCUGAAUAUGCUGUGAGAGAUAAUAAAUGUAUCUUUUGCAUUACUUGGUUUCCUGAUUCUAAAACAUUCAUUGCCGGUGAUGAUUAUGGAGAAGUUUAUAUAUUCAGAGCUACCAAGUUCAAUGCUCGUGUUCUGAUAGAGUUGAUUAAGAAUUUCAAAUGUCAUCAACAACACAUUUGCGGAAUUGCCUUGAAUAUAAAGAAUAAUGAAAUUGCAGUGGGUGCAAAUGACAAUUGUUGUACUAUUUGGGACCUUCAUGAUAUUUGCAACCCACUUUUAAAAUUCGUCCUACCCCAUAAUGCAGCCAUCAAAGCGAUUAGCUAUUGUCCCUGGACAACUUCACUACUUGCUACAGGUGGUGGAAGCAAAGAUAGGAAAAUUCGAUUUUGGCAUACAACUAGUGGAACUUUAUUAAACGAAUUCUAUACUGAUGCUCAAAUCACAUCGUUAACGUGGUCAAAAUAUAAGAAGGAAAUUGUGGCUACUUUUGGAUUUGGAGGUACUAAGAAAUCAACUUUAUUGUCAGUUUAUUCAUAUCCUAAGAUGAUCCCAGUUAUAGAAGUUAACGCUGCUUAUAAUUUAAGAAUUUUAAGUUCCACCAUGAGUCCUGAUUUUUGUUCCAUAUGUGUUGCAACCAAUGAUUCAACAAUUAGGAUUUAUAAGUUAUGGGAUAAAACGGUGGAAAUUUCUCUUAAUUCAGAAUCGAGAGGAAUCGGAGCUUAUGGAAGUUCAAUAAUUGAGUUAGUAGAAGGUAUUUGCAAAGGAUCUACAACAAUAAGAUAA